AUGGUUAGGCUCUACUUACUGUUACAGGUUGUUUUGGCAGUGAUAGGCGUGUGUUCGGCCGGUUAUCAGGCCUACAACCCCGGCUAUCAGGCCUACAACCCUGGCUUCGGCUAUGGCGUCCAGCCCAAGUAUGUCGGCCCCGUGGCUGCCACCAUCCCCGCCGGCAUCGGCGGCAAGGUCAUCCCCGUCUCAGACACCUACGAAGUCGCUGCUGCUAAAGAUGACUUCUACAAGGCCUACGACAAGCAGUUGAAUACUCUGGAUAUUAUCCGCUCCAGUCGUUAUGGCACCCCUGGCUACGCCCCUGCUCUCCCUGUCCACAAGGCCCCUGUGGCUCCCAUCUUCGCCUCCACCGGCUCCUACGGUCCCCCGGCUGUCGCCUACGGUGCCCCAGCUGUCUCCUACGGUGCCCCAGCUGUCUCUUACGGUGCCCCGGCUGUCUCCUACGGUGCCCCGACUGUCUCCUACGGUGCCCCCAUCGGCUCCUACGGUGCCUCCAUCGGCUCCUACGGCUACCACGGUCCCCCCACCCAGGUCCACGACACUCCCGAGGUGGUCGCCGCCAAGGCUGAGUUCUUCAAGCUCUACAACAAGCAGGCAGCAGCGGCAGCUUCGGCACCUGACCUCUACACCUACAACUAA